CUGAAGUCAUUGAUAAAAGCGACUGACUGGUAAACACAAUCACAAUCGCUUUAUCACUAUUUUAUUUAAUGGUGUCACUAUAAACAGUGUAAGUGAUCAAUAUGGUGCAAGCAUGGUACAUGGACAAUGGGGACUACGAUCAGAGGGAAGAACACCACAGGAACCCCCCCGAGUACGUCACCUUGGACGAUCUGUUCCAGAAAACUGGAGUGGAAUAUUUCAAGCUCAAUGUGGCCACCAUGGACACCGACGGUGUCCUUGAAAAAAUUAAGAGAGACAGAGGUUACACCUACGAGGACGAGGUCUUAAUACCCCCCGCGGACCCCGUGGAACCCUUCGAGGACAAACUGAAGAUCUUCUACAAGGAGCAUCUGCACACCGACGAAGAGAUCCGACUUCCGGUGGCAGGGUCCGGUUAUUUCGACGUGAGAGACAAGGACGACCGGUGGAUCAGGAUCAGAGUGGAGCCGGGCGAUUUGCUCAUCGUUCCCGCGGGGAUUUACCAUCGGUUCACCUUGGAUACGAACAACUACAUUAGAACCAGGAGGUUCUUUGUGGGAGAACCAGUCUGGACCCCACAUAACAGACCUGCAGAGGACAUGGAGGCCAGAAGGGAAUACGUGCAGAAAAUUGCCUCCGGAAAGUUUGUUAAGGCUCAUUAAAUUCGCAUUUUAUUAGUUUACCUUCACUUUAAAGUGCUAUAUCUGAAACACUGUUUGAAGUAUCUUAAUGAAAUAAAAAGCAUUAUAUUCAGAAAA